AUGUCCAUGUCCAUGUCCAUGUCGGGGAUUGGAGGCUCUAGCUUUUCUGGCCUUGGCUUGGCCAAAGGAGGUGUGUCCAGGAUUGGCCUGGGUCAUGGGGCCGGAUCUGGCCUGGGUCUUGGGGCCGGAACCGGCCUGGGUCUUGGGGCCGGAACCGGCCUGGGUCUGGGGGCCGGAUCCGGCCUGGGUCUGGGGGCCGGAACCGGCCUGGGUCUGGGGGCCGGAUCCGGCCUCGGGAUGGGGCUCGGGUUAGGAGGUAGGCUAGGUGGCCUGGGGCUGGGUAUGGGUCUCGGUGCUGGAGCUAUGGGUCUUGGAGGUGGGGCGGGGGCCGGGAUGGGCCUUGGAGGUGGGCUCAAUAUGGGCAUGGGUGGUGGCCUGGGUGGUGGUGGUGGAGGUGCACUGGUGCCCAGCCCUGCCUUCACCGUGGGGCGCGCCAUCACUGCGGGGGGUGUGAGUGCCGGAUCGGCCAUAGCCGCAAAGUCUGUGGCUCCCAUAAUAGCCAUUCUCACACGGGCGGACGAGAAGAGCGUGCUCUCUGGGCUGAAUGAUCGCUUCUCAGCGUACAUGGCUAAGGUGAAGGCACUGCAGCAGGAGAACACCAGCCUGGAGGCCAAGCUGUCCCAGUUGACUGGAGGGACAGGGAUGUCACCUGAUACCUCAGAGGCCACCACCGAGGAGUAUGAGGCCCAACUCACCGAAUACCGCAACACGCUGGAGUCUCUUACCCUCGAUACCAUCAAGCUCGAAAUCGAACUGGACAACAUCCGUGCCACAGCCAAUGAACUCAAAACCAAAUAUGAUUUUGAGCAGGGGGUGAAGGCCCAGCUGGAAGUUGACAUCCAUGCCAUGAAAAAGGACAUUGAGACGGCUUCUGACAUGCGCAUUGACCUGGAUGCGAAACAGUCCAGCCUGAAGAACGAGCUGGACUACGUCACCAAGACUCAGAUUGAGGAGUUGGCCAGCCUGCACACCAAGUUGGGCUCCAGCAGCACUGAGAAGUCUGUGGCUAUGAUUGAGGUGGACACAGGCAAAUCCUUUGACAUCGCCACUGCUCUCAGUAAGUUAAGGACGGACUAUGAGAAGGCCGUUCUGCAGCACAAAGAGGAAGCCGACGCCUACUACAAACUCAAGAUGGAUGAGAUCCACUCGGCCUCUGAGAAGACAUCGGAGGCCAUGUCCAUCACCAAGGAAGAGAUCAUGGUCAGCAAGAAGGCAAUGCAGGCCUUGCAUUUGGAGCUGCAGAGCCUGAUAACCUCACACAUCACUCUAGAGCAGAAUUUAGCUGAGGCUCAGGCCCUUUCCACCACAUUUGUGACGGACUGUCAGGCCCAGAUCGCCAGCCUGGAGUCUGCUAUUGAGUUGGCCAAGGCUGAAUUCCAGAAGCAAUCCGUGUCCUACAGGGAACUGCUGGACAUCAAGCUAGCCCUGGACAUUGAAAUCUCCACCUACAGGAAGUUGCUGGAAGCAGACGACUUCAGCAUGCCUCUCAAGUCUGGCCCUGAGUCAUCAUUCGUCUUUUCAACCCCCCCUGACCCCUUCUCCCAAUUCAAAUCACCUCCUGCUGAGGGCACAUCCUCCCCUGAACCCUCCAACCCUUCUGUGGACCUCAUGUCUGAAGAGCCGGAAAAAAUGCCGGAAGAGCAAUCAAAUGCCAAAGAGAGUCCCCCCUCCGACGCAGGCAAGGAAGACUACAACCUUACAUUAUUGUAG